AUGGAUUCUUCGGACUACAGCGACGCUGCAAAGGCGGAACUUAGAGAUGACAUCAACAAGGACGUUACUGUCUUUCUGCAACGUCUUCAGAGCGUGGGCGCCGAUGACAAGAUCGACGAUUUUGAAGUUCAAAACAUCGGGGAAGAAGCAUACAGACUGUACACUCCCACGGCUGCUGGCAGCCCAGUCUCUGGUAGUACAUCUGGUACCACCAAGGACAGCAUUGCCAAGCAGAUCGCCGACCACAACGAUGAGGCACAUAGGCAAAUCCUAAGUCGCCUCAAAAAGAAGGAGCUGUCCAAGUUGAAGAGCGACAAGAAGGCUCAGAUGGGCAAGCUCCGAGAAAGCAUGGUGGAGAUUAAGGCGGAGAGUCACGGUCUUCUUUGGGAUGCCGAACUCCGGCGCCUUAUUCAUACCCCUGGGGAUAUCUCGACCGACGUCGAGAUGAACAAGAUUCUUGACCAGUAUAGGGCCAAUGAAAUGGAAUUCCAUCAGUUGGACGCCAAGUACAAAAGACUCGAAAAGGAGCUCCGAAAGAUUCAAAGGGAGAAGCGUAAAAGAAGAAAAUCAUGUCAGUGA